CAUGGUUAGUUGGGUAAACCGUUUGGAAGUUUGCGCUGCGCACCAGAACAGAAUUGGCACAAUUUUCCUUACAAACUAGUUCAAAGUUUCAUACUAAGCUCCGCAAACCAUGCAGGAUGAUUUACUGAUGGACAAAAGCAAACCCCAGCAGCUUUCACCAAGGUCAGAGCAAAGCACCGAAGCCGCAGAAACCCCCAAAUCAGAAGAGAGCUCCGUGAGUAUAAACGCCCCGGUUUCUGGCCAGAAUAAAGAGAAGGCGCAGAUGGAAUCGCCAAUUUUGCCCGGUUUGAGCUUUCAACCCCAGGAGCCUGGUACCUCCUUGUCCCCUUCGUUCAGUACGUGGUCCACCGGUACCACCAACACCGUAGAUGAUAGCUUUUUCCAAGGGAUCCCGCCAGUGAAUGGGACGAUGCUGUUCCAAAAUUUCACUCACGUCAACCCGGUUUUCGGUGGCACUUUCUCGCCGCAGAUCGGUCUGGCUCAACAGACACAGCACCACCAAGCCGCCCAACAGCAACAGCAGCAGAGGAGGUCGCCGGUCAGCCCGCAGGCUCCCUUCGCCCAACGCAGCGCCUACAGCCACCAGCCCAUCAUGACAAGCAAGCCCUCUUCGGCUUGGAACAACCACCAGAACACGACCUGGAGCACUGCCCCCAACCCUUGGAGCGGGCUACAAGCCAGGGAUCCCCGGCGAGCCGUUGGGGUGCCGUCCCCUCUCAAUCCCAUCUCUCCGCUCAAGAAACCCUUCUCCAGCAAUGUGAUCGCCCCUCCUAAGUUCCCUCGAACUGCACCCACAUUGAACCCCAAGUCUUGGAUGGACGACAACGCCUUUAGGACGGACAACAACAACGGCAUGUUGCAAUUUCAGGACCGGAAUCGGCCCUAUGAUGCAUUUAACUUGCACUCUUUGGAGAAUUCCUUAAUGGAUAUUAUGAGGAGUGACCAUGAACCUAUGAAAGGUAAACACUAUCCCCCCAGUGGCCCACCAAUGACUAUUGCUGACAUAAUGUGGAGGAAUCACUUUGCAGGACGCUUGGGCCUUAAUUUUCCUCAUCCUGGAACAGAUAAUCUUGUGGCACUAAAUAAUACAAGGACAUUUGGGCGACGAAGAGGUCGUUCUUCGCUUUUUCCUAUUGAAGAUGGUUUUCUUGAUGAUGGUCAUGGUGAUCAGUCUCUGACAUCAGGUUUAAACUCUCCAACCCGCUGUCAGAAUGGUGAAAGGGUGGAACGUUAUUCACGAAAAGUCUUUGUGGGAGGUCUGCCUCCAGACAUUGAUGAAGAUGAAAUCACAGCUAGUUUUCGUCGAUUUGGACCUCUGGUGGUGGAUUGGCCUCAUAAAGCUGAAAGCAAAUCAUAUUUCCCACCUAAAGGUUAUGCCUUCCUGCUAUUUCAAGAGGAAAGCUCUGUACAAGCUCUGAUAGAUGCGUGUAUCGAGGAAGAUGGAAAGUUAUACCUGUGUGUUUCAAGCCCCACUAUCAAGGACAAACCGGUACAAAUCCGACCCUGGAACCUGAGUGACAGUGAUUUUGUGAUGGAUGGUUCUCAGCCUCUGGACCCAAGGAAGACUAUCUUUGUGGGAGGAGUACCCAGACCUCUCCGAGCUGAAUGCAGUUCUUCCCUUCGCAGGGAUGAAGUGGAAGAAGAGAAUUUUGGGAAUGUUGAGCUGGCUAUGAUCAUGGAUCGGUUGUAUGGAGGAGUCUGCUAUGCGGGCAUUGAUACAGAUCCUGAGUUGAAGUAUCCAAAAGGUGCUGGUAGAGUGGCUUUCUCCAAUCAGCAGAGCUACAUUGCUGCUAUUAGUGCUCGCUUUGUACAGCUCCAGCAUGGAGACAUUGAUAAACGGGUGGAAGUCAAGCCAUAUGUCCUGGAUGAUCAGAUGUGUGAUGAAUGCCAGGGUGCCCGUUGUGGAGGAAAGUUUGCUCCUUUCUUCUGUGCCAAUGUUACCUGUUUGCAGUAUUACUGUGAAUACUGCUGGGCAAGCAUACAUUCACGUGCUGGCAGGGAAUUUCACAAGCCUCUUGUGAAGGAAGGAGGCGAUCGCCCACGUCACGUCCCAUUCCGCUGGAGCUGAAGCGUCUUAAAGUCUACGAACACGUACCGGAGAGGAGAGCGCUGCCUCAGGGCUGAGAGGGUUCUGGAAAUUGGUGCAUUCUUCCUCGGAUAAAGAAUGUUUGUUUUUGUUUUUUUUUGAAGUCACAUUACUGAACUUGUCCAAGAUUGUCUGGUAUAUAAAAAUUUCAGAGUAUCUGUACUGAAUCUGCACUUUGGCUCUCAAACAUUUGCUUGGUACCUUUUUUGUUUUGUAUUGAACUUUGCAUUGUGAUUUAGGAGUUGUAGCUGAUACGACAUCAGCCACUGCCAGGUUGACGCUCACGUAACUGUUUCCCAUGACAGGAGCAUGCACUUAUUUUCAGAAACUUAGACUUGCCCCUAGAAGACUUACCAAAGGUAACACACUGUAGGUGGCAUAUGUAGCAAAGCAUUCUUCUCAAAUAUUCAGCAAUUAUACAUUUUGGAUCAUUUAGUAUACUAGUUACCCUAAAACAAGCCUUUUUUUGCUCUCCAUUUUGACUUGCAAGAAUAAUACCUCAUAAGCUCAAUUUGAUUUUGCUGGGGGUUUUUGGUUAGGUCUUUCUUAGUGUUAUGUAAAUGUAUGCUGCAAUAGCUUUUGCUGCUAAAUAAAUGGUAUUGCAGAUAUCAUAGUACUUUAUCAGGCUAGGGUUAUAAAUAAUUGUGGAGCAUAAUGCUGUCAGGAAAAAUGCAGUAUAGCAUGGAGAAAGCUCCAAAGGAAGGUCAGUAGUUUUGACUGCAUGUUUACUUAACCAGGUUGCUGCAUGCAAUAAAUUUUGUGUAUCAUGUCUCUUAUAUCUGCUGACAACCUGCCCACCAGUGCACAAAAUAAUAAUGUAGGCUACAAAGAAAGAAAUUUCGAUAUGAGAGAAUUGGCUAAUAACUGGAGGAAGGCAUGCCUCAAUGUAAAUGCUUAUGGAGUUUGAAUCUGUGUCCAUUAAAGCAUUAAGGAUAUCACAAAUACUUAUAGAUGUAGGAUAUCUUGAAGUUAUGUUGAUGGUAGGUGAAGUACUCUGCGGUGAUCACUUAUAGUGCAAUUUUUAUAUAGUAAGGUGAUUAUGUAUAGUACUGUGAUUUAAAAGUAACCGUUGUAAUGUCUGACAUAGAAGUGAUGCUUCAUAACCAGUGUAUUAAACAAAGUGAGCUCAGUUUAAAAAAAGAAUUCUGCUGCUUGCACCAUUUACAUAGCUUCAGACCUUGUCCAGAAAACCAAAGAGCUCAUACACUACCAAUAUAUUUGUCAGACUGACAAGUAGGCACAUUGGGAAAGGAAACUAAUGCUAAAGAAUUGUCUGCACAAAAGUCAAAAUGGAGAUGUCUGCUUUCUGGUUCAGAAUAAACUCCCCAAAUCCCUGAGUAUAUCCUGCAAAGCUUGAAUUCUAAUAAGAUCUGCUAAUUAGUGGACAUUUUUUAGCAUGUACAGUGGGGCUGCAGAUUUCAACCAAACACAGGCUAAGUGUACCAAUAGUGGGGGUUUGUACACAGUGACCUUCAGCAGCUCUGGGGACAAUCUGACUGGAUAUGACACCGCAUAGUAGAUUUGAUACUAAUUGUUGAGUCAUUUGUGUGUUGUGAUGUCUGUUUGUGUCCAGUAAGUCUUUACUUUCUUUUUUUAGUUUGUUUUUUUUCAGUGUUUAGUUGCAAGUAUUGGCAUUGAAAUUGAUUUUUUUUCAAAAAAGAAGAAAUUACUUUUUUACUGGUAAAUUGCUUAUUAUCCCUUUGGAGGUUAACUUCUGGGCUUUUUGUGAUAUUGCUUUCUUGCCCAGGUAUGUUUUUCUAUAUGUUUUUUCAUUAUCUGUAUAAGACAUUUGUUAUGCACUACUUUUUGUAUCUGGACAGUUUUCAACAGUCAGCUGAUUUUUUAAGGCGUGCUUUCUGACUGACAUGAUCUUUUGCAAUACCUCAAUUUUGAAAUAUAGGAAAGAAAUUGAUAUUUUCUAAGUAAGUUUAUUCUAAAAAUAUAUAUUAAUUUAAUUCUGCAAGGAAAUGAUUUAACAGAUGGGUAAUUUUAUUUUUUUCAUGCUUAUUUGCUUUUUUGGAAACUGAAGGAGCUAGAGCUUUAUAACUUUAAUAUGGAGAAUUGUAGUUAGCUACAGUACAAGACUUUAAAGAAAAUCUACCUAAAUGUGGAAAAGUGAACAUUUAUAAACCGUUUUCCCCUUCUUAAUAUAAUUUAAUGUAUGAAUUUGAAAGCUGGAAUGUAAAGAAAUAGUUUAAAAAAAAUGGCUUAGAAUAGACACAUCUCCAUUGGUGCUGGAAGCUGUUAGAAGAAAGUGAAAUAAAAAAAAUCACUUAAUUUGUAUAUUUAUCAUUAACCCUUUAAGUACGACUGACCAGAAUUGUGAAAGAAUUCUUCUGUUCAUGUUAUUUUUGUAUGAAUAUCUUUUUAUGUUAAGUUAUAACAUGCCCCAAUUUGUUUACUUGUUAAUGAAUAUAAAUGAGGUCCUUCAGAUUGAGAAUGUUAUUUCUAAGGUGUUCAAAUUGUAACUUGAUUAAGAGCCCCUUGGUGCAACAGGUCCAUAUGCGGCCUUCUCUUGAUAUUGGAGACUUGAAUUAGUCAAUUUUGAAGGCUAACUUAACCUCAACUCUUUGUUGUAAUGUGCAAUACUGUUUGUACUGUUUGUAAAAAAAAAUCAAAAGCAUAAAUCUUUAUUGAAGAUUUAUUUUCAUUGCAAACUUUAGACAUUGCGAUUCACUAAAUCAUUUUUCUACUGUCAAAUGUGUAACUUUUCUUCAUGCUAGUAUUUUUUCAAUAGUAAUGUAGCCUUUGUACUGAUACAAAUAUUCAUUGUUAUUUUUAGAGAGAUUUUUGCUAAAACCAGAGGAUUUAAACAUAUUUGCAUAUUUUUCAUUUUUAUUUUAGUUAUUUUUCUUUACAGACUGCUUUUCUCACCAUAAUAGUCAUUUCUGGGAGAGACUUUCAUAUCUGGUCAAUGUCCAAUAUUAUUUUGUAUUUUUACUUGGAAUAAAUUAAUUUUAUGAUGCUAAUUCUUUAAAGUUUUAUUUUCAGUUUUGUUAUUUUUUGGAGCUGAAACAUUUGUAAUAUUGUUACUAAAGUGUCUAGUUUUGAAAUGCAAAGCUUCAUGUAUUAACUUGCUGAAGUGGUUUACAGUAGUGUGGUAAUGACAAACGGCUGACAAUGUAGAGUGAUUGAUGUAAUUGAAUGAAUGGGCAAUAAAAUGAUCAGAAUGGAGCAGACAAAAUGUUGUGCUA